CCUGAGCCCGGCCUACUUCCUCGCCAGAGAAACUGCCGUCUGCCCCGGCGGUAGGGAAGGGUUAAUGCCACCGAGUAUCCAGACCCGCCGAAGCCUAGAGGGCCUUGUACCGGCUCACCGCGUGGCUGUCGCUGUCUCGUGUCCCCAGUGGGGGAGGCGUCGCACUGCCACGUCUGUUCUGCGUGGCUGUCGGGCGGCGCUUGGUCCCGGGAGCCUCGCCGGAGUUAAAUUCAGUAUGAAUAAGAGAGGGAAAUAUACAACACUGAAUUUGGAGGAGAAAAUGAAGGUUCUAAGUAGAAUUGAAGCUGGACGAUCACUUAAAAGUGUAAUGGAUGAAUUUGGAAUCAGUAAGUCAACAUUUUAUGACAUUAAAAAAAAUAAGAAGUUAAUUCUGGACUUUGUACUGAAGCAGGACAUGCCAUUAGUAGGGGCUGAGAAGAGAAAGAGGACAACGGGAGCCAAAUAUGGUGAUGUAGAUGAUGCGGUCUACAUGUGGUACCAACAGAAACGCUCAGCCGGUGUUCCGGUAAGAGGCGUGGAGCUUCAGGCUGCUGCAGAGAGAUUUGCACGGUGUUUUGGGCGAACAGAUUUCAAAGCUAGCACUGGUUGGCUUUUUAGAUUUCGAAAUCGGCAUGCAAUUGGGAACCGAAAAGGAUGUGGGGAACAAGUCCUAAGUUCAGUUUCUGAAAAUGUUGAGCCAUUUCGACAAAAACUGUCCAUGAUAAUCAAAGAGGAGAAACUGUGUCUAGCUCAGCUAUACAGUGGGGAUGAAACAGACCUCUUUUGGAAGUCAAUGCCAGAAAAUUCUCAGGCAAGUAGGAAAGAUAUCUGCCUACCAGGGAAGAAAAUAAACAAAGAAAGGUUGUCUGCCCUUUUAUGUGCAAAUGCAGACGGAACUCAUAAAUUAAAGUCAAUCAUUAUUGGAAAAUCAAAACUGCCCAAAAGUGUGAAAGAGGACACAAGUACAUUGCCUGUGAUAUAUAAACCCAGUAAAGAUGUUUGGUUCACCAGAGAAUUGUUUUCAGAAUGGUUUUUUCAAAACUUUGUUCCUGAGGUCCGACAUUUUCAACUUAAUGUUCUAAGAUUUCAUGACGAGGACGUCAGGGCAUUGUUACUUCUGGACAGUUGCCCAGCUCAUCCUUCCUCUGAAUCCCUAACCAGUGAGGAUGGUCGAAUAAAAUGUAUGUUCUUUCCCCAUAACACUUCAACCUUGAUUCAACCAAUGAAUCAAGGUGUGAUCUUGAGCUGCAAACGGCUGUAUAGAUGGAAGCAACUUGAAGAGAGUCUUGUAAUAUUUGAAGAAAGUGAUGAUGAGCAAGAGAAAGGAGAUAAAGGAGUUUCCAAAAUUAAAAUCUACAAUAUAAAAAGUGCAAUUUUUAACUGGGCAAAAAGUUGGGAUGAAGUAAAACAAAUAACCAUAGCAAAUGCAUGGGAAAAUCUUCUUUACAAAAAGGAACCUGAAUAUGAUUUUCAAGGCUUAGAACAUGGGGAUUAUAGAGAAAUUCUUGAAAAAUGUGGGGAGUUGGAAACUAAGUUGGAUGAUGAUAGGGUGUGGUUAAAUGGAGAUGAAGAAAAGGGUUGUCUCCUAAAAACCAAAGGUGGAAUAACAAAGGAAGUUGUUCAAAAAGGAGGAGAAGCUGAGAAGCAGACUGCUGAAUUUAAAUUAUCUGCUGUAAGAGAGAGUUUGGACUACCUUCUUGACUUUGUUGAUGCCACACCUGAGUUUCAGAGAUUCCACUUCACACUGAAAGAGAUGCAACAAGAAAUAGUCAAGAAACAGUUCCAGAGUAAAAUCCAUUCUAGAAUUGGUAGCUUUUUGAAACCUAGGCCUCAUAAUAUUAAGGACUCCUUCAGUGGGCCUUCAACUUCUGGUUCUAAUCAUUAGAUUUUGUGUUUAAAGAUUUCUGCCAUUAUAUGAUGUAGGCCAGCUGUGAAUUGUCAUGUUUUAGCAACUGACAUUAUUUUGUAUAUCAGUGCCCAUUUAUAUAAUGGUUAUAAAAUUUACAGUUUGAAAA